AUGCCGCCCCCGCCCCGCGCCGCCGGCCCGCCGCCACCGAGCGGCCCCCGCGCCAGCCUGCCGCCCCUGCGCCGCCCCGCCCCCGAGCCACCGCAGCGGCGCGCCUGCACUGCGCCACACCCGAGCGGCCCCCCGCUGCCGGCCGCGCCGCCCCCGAGCGGCCCCGCGCUGCCGACCUCGCCUCAUCUCCACUCCCGCCGCCUCGCUCUUCCUCCUCCCCGACCCGCCACCCUCUCCGCCCAAGCUGCCACCCACCUGCGCAAGGCCGGGGCUGGGCGUCUCCAGCAGCUCCAUGCCGCCUCCUGCUGCAACAAUUCCGCUCCGGCCGCAGGAACCAGUGGAGGAAGCGCGAGCGGUUCUUCUUGGCAUGGUAGUUCGAUUCUGCGCUCAGUAUGUCUUAUGCUCUGCCUGCAGCUGCUACUGGCGGUCACUUCUGCUAUGCUAACUCUGGCCGGGGACCUCAUCUGCCAGCUACGCCCGCCACCGGAUUCAGACAUGGGAGAAGGUGGAGAAGAGAAAUCAUUCAAUUUCCUACAGGUUUUGCUCGAGGGCAGCAUAGCUGGAGGAACCGCUGGUGUUGUGGUUGAAAUAGCACUGUACCCAAAACCAGGCUUCAGGCUGCUCGAGGUGGAAGCCGAAUUGAAUGGAAAGGCCUCUAUUCUGGAUUAGCUGGAAAUCUUGCUGGUGUUCUCCCGGCUUCUGCGAUAUUUGUGGGAGUGUAUGAACCUACUAAAAGAAAACUAUUGGGGACACUUCCUGAAAAUUUGAGUGUCGUUGCCCAUUUUGUAAGCUAGUACAGAUUUAGCCUUCCGUCGUACUACCAGAUUUCUUAAAACAAUGCUUGUUGGAUGGCUUUGCUGUCUAUACAUGUACCUUUUCAUUUCACCUGCAAACAUAUCCAUAGCAUCUUAUAAGGCUUGCUGAUUGAAUCCAACUGAAAGAGUUCCACAUAUCUAGCUUGAGAAUAUUGCUUGUCGGAGGAAAUCUCCAGCCGGGUGGCGGAAUGCACCCGCCUAAUCCUAGUUAAGGAUGGGUUUGGAGGAGACUAAGGAGCGCUUGAUCGGUGAGCGGAUGAACGCAGGAAAGACACAAGGAUUUUAGAGUGGUUCGGUCCGCCGGAGCGUAAUACCCUACGUCCACUUAGGUGUUAUAUUGAUUGUAGAAGUCUGGAUGAAACCUGAACUGGAGUCUAAGGUUGCCGUGAGCUUGUAAGCUUGUAAAAACUUGUCAGCUUGUGUUCUAACGAGUGCACGCUCCCUUAUAUAUUCCAAAGGAGGUGCUUUGAA